AUGGGCUGGCACAAACCCGACAAUGUCGCUGGCUCGUCGGCGCCGGCCAUCAUGAUCGGCCUCUUCGUCGCUUCUGGUGGAUUGCUCUUUGGUUACGAUACUGGGGCCAUCAACGGUAUUCUUGCCAUGGAUGAGUUUAAACAGAAGUUUGGAACGUGUAACGAUCGAACCGUAAACGACGACAUUUGCGCCAAAGACUCGGCCCUCAUCGUCGCCAUGCUGAGCGUCGGCACCGCUGUCGGAGCCCUCCUCUCCGCUCCCGCUGGCGAUUUUCUCGGACGUCGACGAAGCAUGCUCCUUUCUGUAGCCAUCUUCUGUAUUGGAGCCAUCCUGCAAGUCUCUGCUGAGGCAUCUCCCGCCUUGUUAGCCGGAAGGUGCUUGGCUGGCGUCGGUGUUGGUGCCGUGUCAGUCCUCAUUCCAUUGUAUCAGUCGGAAAUGGCUCCCAAGUGGAUACGUGGUACUCUAGUCUGUGCCUAUCAGCUCUCUAUCACCAUAGGACUUCUCUCUGCCUCUAUCAUAAACAUCAUCACUUCUAGAAUCAAAUCCCCAGCCGCCUACCGAAUCCCUCUUGGACUCCAGCUCGUCCCCGCCCUCAUCCUAACCGGCGGUCUCAUCCUCCUCCCUGAAACUCCCCGAUUCCUAGUUAAAAAGGGCAACAAAGAGGCCGCUGGCCUCUCGCUCAGUCGCCUCCGACGCCUCGACAUCACUCAUCCGGCCCUCCUCGAUGAGCUUCAGGAAAUCGUCGCCAAUCACCAGUACGAGCUGACACUGGGCCCGGACUCGUACAAGGAACUCUUCGUAGGCUCCCCUCACCUAGGCCGCCGAACCUUUACCGGAUGCGGCAUCCAAAUGCUUCAACAGCUCACCGGGAUCAACUUCAUCAUGUACUAUAGCACCACGUUCUUCGGCGGUUCGGGCGUCGACAGCCCCUACACCAAGUCACUCAUCAUCCAAAUCAUCAACUUCGUGUCCACCUUUGUCGGCCUCUUUGUCAUAGAGUCCUGGGGUCGACGAAAGUUACUGAUAGUUGGCGCCAUCGGCAUGGCCUGCUGCCAGCUGCUCAUGGCCUCAUUUGCUGCUGCCGCUGGCGAAGGCCUCAAGGAGGCAUCUACCACUAUACUAAUUGUCUUUUGUUCCAUCAACAUCUUCUUCUUCGCUGCCUCCUGGGGCCCCGUGGCGUGGGUCGUAACGUCGGAGAUUUACCCCCUCAAAGUCCGCGCAAAGUCCAUGUCCAUUUCAACGUUUUCUAACUGGGUACUCAAUUUUGGCAUCGGGUACAGCACACCAUUCCUGGUGGGCAGCGGCCCGGGCACGGCCGGCUUUGGCACCAAAAUCUUUUUCAUAUGGGGGGCCUUUUGUAUCCUUGCUGUCUUCUUCGUCUGGGCUAUGGUGUACGAGACGAGUAAAAUCAGCCUGGAGCAGAUUGAUGAGAUGUACGAACGAGUGGAUCAUGCCUGGAAUAGUAAGAGUUUCGAACCCAGCUGGAGCUUCCAGCAGAUCCUCGACGAGGGCUGGUCGCCCAGCGCCCAACCCCCGCCAGAUCACGAACUACAAACGACGACCUCGCAAUCAAGCGCCGAUACUACCCUGGGCGACUCAAAUUCAGUCACCAUCCACAUGCCCCCCAACGCCCACCUCGGGGAUGGCAACGAAAUCACGACGGCAUCAAACGAAAAUAAGGAGUCGGUACCGACGAUGGCACAUGUUGACUUUAGCUAUUGA